UCGUUCCUGUACCUGACGUGGUAUAUGGCCAUGUCCCUCCUGGGCCACUACAACAACUUCUUCUUCGCUGCACACCUCCUGGACAUCGCCAUGGGGGUGAAGACGCUGCGCACCAUCCUGUCCUCCGUCACCCAUAAUGGAAGCAAGCUGGCCAUGACCGUGGGGCUGCUGGCUGUCGUCGUGUAUCUUUACACCGUCGUGGCCUUCAACUUCUUCCGGAAAUUCUACAAUAAGAGUGAAGAUGAGGAUGAGCCCGACAUGAAAUGCGACGACAUGAUGACG